AUGUCGGUUCGAACAUUUGAAAUCCCAUACGACGAGGCUGCCGUAGCAGAUCUCAGACAACGUCUUAAUGCUACUCGCCUACCUGAUGAAUUAGAGAACGCUGCAGCUGACUAUGGUCUUGAAAAGCGCUUUGUCCAAGACACCAUCAAAUACUGGGCUGAAUCGUACGAUUACAAGAGCUGGGUGGACAAGCUAAACAAGCUUCCACAUUUCAAGGUCCAGAUCGACGAAAUUGACUUGCACUUUGUGCACAUUAAAUCGGGAAAACCGAAUGCCAUUCCCAUUAUUAUCUCUCACGGCUGGCCAGGAUCAUUCUUUGAGCACUACAAAUCAGGUCCCAUUCUAGCAGAAGGAAAUGACAAGAUCUCGUUUGAUGUAGUCAUUCCAAGUAUCCCGGGAUUUACAUUCUCGUCGCCAUUUGUAAAGACUGGCAAUGGCGCUGAGCGUGUUGCUGAGAUCUUUAACAAGCUUAUGGUCAAUGUUCUCGGAUACAAAAAGUAUAUCUCUCAGGGGGGUGAUUGGGGCUCUCCUAUUACGAGAACGAUGGCUGUCAAGUAUCCUCAGAAUUGUGUUGCAUGGCACACGAACUUCAUAGCAUCCUCACCUACCUUCCUCCGUAACAUACCAUCCCUUCUUGUAAUGAUGGUCAAUCCAAACUUGAUCUUUUCGAAAGACGAAGUUGCUGGACUUGAUUUCAUGAAGCAGUGGCAAUCUCAAGGAACUGGAUACUACCAGAUGCAAGCUACAAAGCCUCAGACUCUUGCAUAUGGAUUGGCUGACUCUCCAACUGGUUUACUCGCAUGGACUGGAUUCGGACAACCAAACCCACACAUCACACGGGACGAAUUCCUGACUAAUCUGACUAUGUACUGGAUGACGAACUGUAUUGGAAGCUCUGUUCGUAUCUACAAGGAGUCCAAGCCAUUCUUUGCGUACUUUAAAGACUAUUGCACUGUACCAGUUGGAGUUGCAUAUUUCCCUGAUGACUUGCUCCGCAUGCCACGAAUGUGGCUAGACGCAAACCACAACAUUGCCUCAUACACCAAAAUCCCAAUCGGCGGCCACUUUGCAUCCUGGGAACAACCAGAACUCUUCACCAACGAUAUCAUCAAAUUCGCCGUCAUACUAAAGAAACGGGGACUUUUCAAGUCAGGCAGCCUUUUGUAA